AUGACAUUUCGAAAGGAGCUGCUUGAAAAAUACUGGAAGAGUUUCGAGGUUAAGUCAAAGGAAUUUCUGGCCAGCACAUCGCUACAGGGAAUGAAAUAUAUUUGGAAUAGUUAUCUGCCAGGUUGGGUGCAGUUCUAUUUUGGAAAAAUAUUUAUAAUCUCCGUCUGUGUGGCCAUUAAUUUGGCUGUAAAUGUGUUUAACAAAUGGCAGAGCACACCGGUUAUCAUUGGCUUCAGCCCCACGAUGACAUCCAUACAGGAUAUACCCUUUCCGGCGAUAACGGUCUGUAAUAUGAACAAGGCAAAGUACUCAAAAGUGGCAAAUUUUCGAGCUGGAUCCUUGGAGUAUGCAAUGCUGCAAAAGACUUGCUUUCAGGAUUUGAAUUUCACAAAUUACAAAUCGAUAAAACCUCGUUCCAAGAAUGACACAUUUCCCAACUUUAUCUUGAAUGUGAGCCACAAGUGCGAGGAAAUGAUUGUGUCCUGUACAUUUGAUCAGAAACUUUUGCCCUGCACCGAUAUCUUCAGGGAGUUCUUUGUCGACGAGGGUCUAUGCUGUGUCUUCAACUUUCUGCAUCCGUAUUAUCUCUACAAGUACAGCGCGCCUUAUACACGGGACUACACCUCGUCGAAGGGUCUUUCGGAUAUCGCUGUGGACUGGAAUCCCAUCAAUGGCUAUCCAAAGCAUCUGCCCGCUGGUUACUAUCCACGUCGAGGUGUUGGCACUGGAGUGUCCAAUGGCUUGCAAAUAGUUCUUAAUGGUCAUACAGAUGAUUAUUAUUGCUCAUCUACAAAUGGACAAGGAUUUAAGGUGCUGCUCUAUAACUCCAUUGAUCAGCCUAGAUUAAAGGAAUCGGGUCUACCCGUCAUGCUGGGACAUGAGACCAACUUUCGGCUUGUUCCGAGUAGUUUUGAGGCAAUGCCGAAUAUUCGUAGCAUCGAUCGUAAUAAACGCCAAUGCAUUUUCAACGAUGAGCAGGAACUACUCUUCUAUAGAUAUUAUACACGUCGCAACUGUGAGGCGGAAUGUGAUGCCCAAUAUUUUUAUAGACUCUGCGAUUGCAUUCCAUAUCAUUUGCCUUUGGUCUAUCGCAAUGCGAGCAUCUGUCAUGUGGCUCAUUUUGAUUGCCUGGAUCGUGCGGAACUCCAGAUUGUGGAUCGAGAGAGUGCGGCGUGCAAGGAGCUGUGUUUAGCAAGUUGUCACGAUGUCUCCUACUUUCCUGAUCCCUUCUCAAUACCCUUCAGUCAGCAAGGUAUUCGGACGACCAAUGAAUACCUCAAGCAUUUCUCCACCGAUUACAUUCGCACUAACUUGGCCGUGGUUAAUUUCUACCAUAAUGACAAUUAUUUUCGGAGUAAUGUUAAGUCCUCAUACACAGGUCUCACUGAAUAUAUGUCUUUGACUGGCGGCAUUUUAAGUUUAAUGGUUGGUUUCAGCGUCGUCUUUAUUUUCGAAUUGUUCUAUUUUCUCUUUCUUCGCUAUUUAUUGGAGUACAUUCAUUAUUGGUGCAUUAAUCGUCGAAAUCGCGUGCAUGUUUUAUAUCCUAAUAAAACACAAUUUAAUUAG